CCAGGUGCUGGAUAUCGCCCGGCGGACAACCCUCGCCAGAGUGAAGAAGUGCGGCCAGAUCAUGGGCCGCAAGGACGACUCGCUCACGGCCGCGCAGAUCCUGUACCCGCUCAUGCAAUGCACGGACAUCUUCUACCUCAAGGCGGACAUCUGCCAGCUCGGCGUCGACCAGCGGAAGGUAAACAUGCUUGGCCGCGACUAUUGCGAUGCCGCGGGCAGGAAGGAGAAGCCCGUCAUACUAUCCCCCCCCGCGGCCAGCGGGCGGGCCUCGGGGAUUCCAGUAGCCACGGCCUCCGGGCCUCCCUGGGGGGGGGGCCGAUGGAGACGGGGCCGCGGGGGUCUCGCCGCAUCGCCGAUGUGACGGCGAUGCGGCUCGAUGUGCUUGGUAUCGCUCGGACGUGUGCACUGCUUCUCGGCGGGGAUCAUGGAGAA